CACUACUAAAAAACUUUACUAAAAAAGAAAAUAGUAGUUAAAAAAAAUAUAUGAGAUGGAUGCCACUUAUUAAUCAAGGGCCAAAGAUGGCGACGGGUCGGUCGUUUUCUUGCAAUUCUUUUUCCAGUUUUCCUUUUUGCUAAAAAUUGAGUAAAGUAUUUUAAGGGGGGUGUCAGAUUGGCGUGCCUAAACUGUAGAUUUGUAGGAGCGGGGCUGAAGAAAGAAAAGGAAAGUGAAGGAGAAAUGUGGGGUUGCUCCAUCAUCCUCACCAUCUUCCUUAACUAAAUUUUUUAAAGCAGAUCACUUUUUUCAGCUUACAGCUUGAUUUUGGUAAGGAUAGUUAAAAAAGAUAGUACAUCAAAUAUAUCAAAUUGCAAAUUCAUUUACUUAUGUGGGGGGUGGAGAUUAAUAUGUAUUUUCUGAUUGGGAAGAAAAAGGAGGUGGUGGUGGGGGCGGUGGUGCUGACUCUAAAGGAGAGUUAUGAGACCGUGGGAACAUUCUGAGCUUGGCUUUUUGUGAAAACAUGGUGUUGCUCUGGUGGCUGGCAAAGAUUAGGGACAACUCAUCUUUUUGAUGGGUGGUAUUUUGUGUGUUUGUUAGUUGAUCUUUUCUCUGUGUCUUAGUUGAAUAGCUAAACAAUCUAGGGCAAACAAUUGUGCGGGUUACUUUCUUUAUUUGUCCUUUCGAUUUGAUAUAUUAGUCCACUUCUGAAUUACUGCUUCUAGGACGCUGUAUUUUGCACGCUUGUGGCCCUUUUGUCUUGAAUGUUGCAUAGCUAAGCUUGGAGGUUUGACAGCUCCAAAGGUUAGUUUUUGAGAUGGUUGAUCUUAAAGCUUAUAUCAUCAUUUUUCUUUUUCAUUCUGAUAAGCGAUCGAAGCAUCUGUGAAAGAUCGUGAUUCAUACUGGUUCUGGUUUGUUUAGAAGGCAUUUUUUUUUAUUGAAAAGGUUUCAUUUUUAUAACUUUAGGCUUCUUUUCUGGAUUGGGUUAUGUUGGGUUAUCUCUGUUGUAAUGUUGUUAAUUGAGCACCCACAGAAAUGUUUUCAUCAGGUCUUGUAAUUGAUGGUUUUCUUUCGGCUAGUUUUGGUUUUUGAGUUCACUGUCGUGGUGCCAUUGGCGUCUUCCUAUUUUGAUGCUUUGUUUUUGCUAAAUUUUAUCUGGGUUGGCAACCACUUAGGAACAUUUUUGUUGGUUUAAGUGCGCUUUUGUUCAUGUGUCGUUAUUUGCUUUCAUGAGCUUCCAGAAUUAGUUGUCUGCAAUGUCAUGGAUAUCCUCAGCUCAUAUCAAGAUGAUGUUUGUUGUCACAGAUCAGUAGAAGUGAAGAACCCCAUUGGUGAGAGCUAAUUUAUGGGAAUGUGGAUGGUGCUGGAGUUUGGUCUUUGAGAAGCUUUCUUGGAAUUUAUAUACUACUAGUAAAAGAAAGAUAUGAUAGGUGUACUUGUCCACUACUAGAUUUUUGCCCACCCAUAAGAAAGAUAAACUAAUGAAGGAUAAGGCGGUGGUGUCAGUGGUAAGCAAGUGGGGGUGUCUCUCAUAUUGAGGAUCCACAGUACAUUUUUGCAUUUCAGGGAUUGAAACUAUUGGGUUUUGUCUCCUGGGCAAGACUUUUGGUGCCCGAAGACCUUGGGCUCUGCUACCGAGCAAGGAAGCAAACUCUGUUUUCGGUUCUCUUAUUAGUUAGAGAUAUCAUUUCGUAACAAUAGAGAUAAACCCUUGUCUUUUUCCCUCUCUGUUGGGGAGGGUCGAAGAAAGUUAAAGUGGUUAACAUUUGGAGAAGGAUCUUCUUUUUCAUUCCUUUCAAUUUGGACCACGGGUAGGGGUUGCCAUCUCUUAUCCUGUAAUUCACUUUGCCUGCUUGGUAUUGAGUUGUAUGUAGCUCAAGCUUUCGGACGUAAGAGUCUUAGUUCAAGUUGUGUAUUCAGUCCUCUCAGGAUUGAAGUCUUUGUAGCUGCAGAAAGAUGAAGUUUAUGAAACUUGGCUCCAAGCCUGAUCAGUUUCAGAAUGAUGGAGAUAAUAUUAGGUAUGUAGCGACUGAGUUGGCUACUGAUAUAGUUGUUACUGUUGGCGACGUGAAAUUUUAUCUUCACAAGUUUCCACUUCUCUCAAAGAGUUCCCGCUUGCAGAAGCUGGUUGCAAACAGUGACGAGGAUAACAAUGAUGACAUCAACAUCAAUGACAUCCCUGGUGGUCCUGCUGCGUUUGAAAUCUGUGCGAAGUUCUGUUAUGGCAUGGUAGUCACCCUCAAUGCCUACAAUGUGGUUGCUGCUCGUUGUGCUGCACAGUAUCUGGAAAUGCAUGAAACAGUCGAUAAAGGAAACCUCAUUUACAAAAUUGAUGUCUUUCUAACCUCUAGCAUUUUUCGGAGUUGGAAAGACUCUAUAAUUGUUCUGCAAGCCACAAAAUCGCUUCUUCCCUGGUCCGAGGACUUGAAAAUUGUAAACCACUGCGUAGACUCGAUAGCUUCAAAAGCGUCUAUUGAUCCUUCCAAGGUGGAAUGGUCGUAUACAUACAACCGCAUAAAGUUACCAUCGGAGAAUGGAGAUGAUUCUCAGUGGAACGGUGUGAGGAAACAACAAUUGGUUCCAAAAGAUUGGUGGGUUGAAGACCUAUGUGAACUUCAAAUGGAUUUGUAUAAAAGGGUUGUGACAGCUAUAAAAGCAAAGGGACGAGUAGCAGCUGAUGUAAUCGGAGAAGCAUUGAAGGCAUACAUUUUAAGGCGGCUCCCCGGGUUCAACAAAGGUAUUAUACAAGCGGGUGAUCCUGUCAAGUUACGUUAUCUGGUUGACACCAUUACGUGGUUGAUACCUAGAGAGAAAAACAGUGUAUCAAGUAGUUUCUUACUGAAAUUGCUACAUGCUUCUAUUACGUUGGAGUGUGGAGAAACUGGAAGGAAGGAGCUACUAAAGAAGAUAGGUCAGCAGCUUGAAGAGGCAGCUGUAGCUGAUUUUCUGUUGCAAUCUUCAUCGGGUGAAACCACAAUGUACAACAUUGACAUAAUUCAAGAUCUAGUUGAACAGUUCAUUAUCCAGGAACAGGAUGUUCAGAGUUCUGUGGAUGGUGAAUUUACAGAGCUAUGUCCUGGAGUAAUAUCAGAUGCAUCUAAAGCGAAGGUGGCCAGAUUGGUUGAUGGGUACCUUGCUGAAGCUGCAAGAGAUUCCAGUUUAUCUUUGUCAAAAUUCAUGCAUUUAGCAGAAAUGGUAUCAACUUUCCCCCGACAAUCGCAUGAUGGAAUAUACCGUGCUAUUGAUGUUUAUCUUAAGGAGCAUCCUGAGAUCUCCAAAAGUGAAAGGAAGAAAAUUUGCAAACUGAUGGAUUGCAGGAAGCUAUCAGUUGAAGCCUGCUCACACGCGGUGCAAAAUGAGCGACUACCAUUGCGUGUGGUCGUGCAGGUUUUAUUCUUUGAACAGGUCAGAGCCACAGCAUCGUCUGGUGGUGACAGCACCCCCGAUUUGUCUGGUUCAAUCAAGGCCUUACAACCUGGCUCCCAUGGAAGCUCCAGAUCAGCAACCACCAAUACCGAGGAAGACUGGGAUGCCAUCCCCACGGCCGAGGAUCUGAAGACCCUGAAAGGUGAAUUUGCUAAUAUGAGGCUGAAACAUGGAGCUGACGUUGGUGGAAACGGCAACCAUGCUGAAAAGAUGAAUGCUGGAAGAAUUGCUGGGAGCAAAGGGAAGGGUAUGGUAAUGUCUAAAAGGAUACUAUCGAAGUUGUGGUCAAACAAAGAGAGAAGUAGUGAGAAUAGCAGUUCCGAUACAUCAGAGUCUCCAGCUUCGUCCACUGCUGGAGAAACAACAAAGUCGACAGCUUCAAGAAGUAGAAGGCAUUACUCGUCUUAGCAUAUCAUCACUUACCUGUAAAAUGCCAAAGUGUAUCAGCAGAUUAAAUGUAGGAAAUUAGAACUUCGCUAGCUGACUUGAAGGUGGAAAAGCAGCAGUAUGAAGAUGACCCUUUUCGUUUCUUUUUUAGGAUUGUAGGAAAUGCUUGCAGAAAAAGAGUUCGUAUAACCAUCUUUUGUUGUUGUAGCUAUAUUUUGAUCAGAGGAAUGAAUUUCUGGGAAGCCGAUCAUCAUUUUCCCUAUUGAUAUCCGGUUGAAGUGUAGAAAUAUAUAACAUCAGCAACCGGGACAGAGCCAGUUUUAUGUGUUCGUAUUCCUUUUUCCCAAGUAGAUCUAACAAUUAACCAGCUAGCACUGAAAUUUUGUGAAUAAAAAUUCAUGAGACAAAAAAAAAACGUAUUGGCCGAGGAAUUCAAUUUUUUUUUUUCUUUUUGGCGCUUGAAAAAGGUCAAAUUUAUUCACCCAUCUGAACUUAAAUUGGAUUGAAGCAUUGGUAUACAUAUGUGAGUAAACAUCCGAA